UGCUGUUCAGCGGCAGCUCCCACCACGACCUGUCCCAGCGGGUGGCGGACCGGCUCGGGCUGGAGCUGGGCAAGGUGGUCACCAAGAAGUUCAGCAACCAGGAGACCAGAGACACUUAUCUUAAUUUCUGCUUAAAACAUAGCAAACAGCAGAACUAAAUUGAUUUAGAUUUCAUCCAAGGUAGAAGUUUAUCUCCAAAGUUUGCAUAUUUAUUUUAUGAGUGUAGAGAUUGGUGAAAGUGUGAGAGGGGAAGAUGUAUAUAUUAUCCAGAGUGGCUGUGGAGAAAUAAAUGACAACUUAAUGGAACUACUCAUCAUGAUCAAUGCUUGCAAGAUUGCAUCAUCCUCCAGAGUGACUGCUGUAAUUCCAUGUUUUCCAUAUGCCAGGCAAGAUAAGAAAGACAAGAAGGGGUCCGUGGAGCGUUGGAGCCGUGCACCAAUCUCUGCAAAACUUGUUGCCAACAUGCUGUCAGUGGCGGGGGCUGAUCACAUCAUCACCAUGGACUUGCAUGCUUCUCAGAUCCAGGGUUUCUUUGACAUUCCAGUAGAUAACCUGUAUGCAGAACCUGCAGUGCUGCAGUGGAUUAAAGAGAACAUUCCUGAGUGGAGAAACUGUAUCAUAGUCUCACCUGAUGCAGGUGGUGCAAAAAGGGUUACUUCAAUUGCUGAUAGACUGAAUGUGGAAUUUGCUCUCAUUCAUAAGGAAAGAAAGAAGGCAAAUGAAGUGGACAGAAUGGUCUUGGUUGGUGACGUGAAAGAUAGAGUAGCAAUUCUUGUUGAUGAUAUGGCUGACACAUGUGGCACAAUCUGUCAUGCAGCAGACAAGUUGAUGUCUGCUGGAGCUACUAAAGUUUAUGCCAUUCUCACUCAUGGCAUCUUUUCUGGUCCUGCCCUCUCUCGGAUUAAUAAUGCAUCGUUUGAGGCUGUUGUGGUAACCAAUACAAUCCCCCAAGAGGAGAAAAUGAAACACUGCCCAAAAAUACAGUUUAUUGACAUUUCCAUGAUCCUGGCAGAGGCAAUUCGAAGAACACACAAUGGUGAAUCUGUGUCUUACCUGUUCAGUCAUGUCCCCUUAUAACUGCAGGAGAUUACAUUGCAUCUUUGCAAAGGUCCCUCUAAGCUAGCACUGUUUUUAAUGAUACACUUCAACCACAAGAAAUUAGUGUCUUUGCACAAUUCCAGAGCUUGUAUGUUUAAUUAUUAUAUUUGUCUUGAAAUCACCACUUAUUGUUAUAAAUGGGCAAUAAAUCUCCAUCUUGAAGAAACCUUAUGAAUUCACUCAAGAGUCUGAAGGUCUUCUGUGUUGCAUAAGUUCUCUUUAAUGUGCCUGUCCUCACUUUCUGCCAAACUGCUGUUUUGGAUCCAUUUUUCUAUAGAGAACUACUAAUUGUUCACAGAUUUUAAUGGGAUGUAUACAUGUAAGAUAAUUUUCUGUGUUCAGCUAAGUGCUGCAGACUGCAGUAUCGUUGGAUCUGUUGGGGGCAGGCAGCUGGUUUGUUUGUUUGUUUGUUUGUUUGUUUGUUAUAUUUAAUUACCAUGAAUAGUAUUUUGUAAGCCUAACAGUAUGUGAAGGUCAUGCUAAUUUUGAGGAACUGUUGACAUACACAUAGUAUUAACUGUUUCACACACUUCAUGUUCAUAUUUACCCACAAGAUACAUGGGCUGCUCUUUCCUUUUGUAAAGCUCUCAUUACAUUAAAUGGUUUGCAUAACAUCCAUUCCAUGCAGUUACUGUCUGCAGUUUUAAGAUUAAUGUUUCAGUAUUCCCGUGGUUAUUAGUAUCGCUUGUUUCGAUAAUAAGGAGCAACCUUUAAUCAUGAGCAAUUUGGUUCAAAUUUCCUUUUUUCUUUGUAGUUUUUACCACUCACUGAUUCUGAUAUUAUGAAUAUUUUUGUAGCAGUUUUCUAUUAAUAUUGUAAAGGUUUACUGUGCAAAGUCCAAACAGAAAACUUAAACACACUUCUAUGAAUUGAUCUCUGCCCAUAUCUACGUGAUUAAAAAGUUACUGAAAAUAA